GAUCGAUAUGGGAGAUCGGCGCGGAUGUAUAAAUACAUGUACUUGCUAACCAUGCAAAGAUAUUCGAGAGUAGCCGUACUGCAACAACUAGUCUAGCUAGCUGCAAGAGCAUUUCCAUAAUAUUUGGCAUUGUUGGCAGCAAGCACUAAUUUGCAAAGAAUAAUUUAUAUAUCCGCCAUCAUCAUGCCGUCGCUUCAAGCGGUGACGAUGGUGCACGGCGGCGAGGAGGAGGAGAAGAAGGUCGGCGCGCCGCCCACGUGCACCCCGCAUGCUCUGGUGAGCCUCCUCCGGGCGCGGUCGGAGCGCAGCACCAAGGCCGAGGAGAAGGUGGAGUGGGUGCGGUCGCAGCUCGUCGGCCGCGACGCCGAGUUCGAGACGCCGUUCGGCCGCCGCGCCCUCCUCUACGCCGAUCACACCGCGACUGGCCGCAGCCUCCACUACAUCGAGGACUACAUCCUCAACCACGUCCUCCCCUUCUAUGGGAACACGCACACGGAGGACAGCUACGUGGGGAGCAAGACGACGCGGAUGGCGAGGAAAGCGGCGAGCUACAUCAAGCGGUGCAUGGGCGCGGGCCCCGAGGACGCGCUGCUGUUCUGCGGGUCGGGCGCGACGGCGGCGGCGAAGCGGCUGCAGGAGGCGAUCGGGGUGGCGUGCCCGCCGGCGCUGCGGCUGCGGGCGGCGGCGCAGCAGCAGCUGCUGCGCGCGGAGGAGCGGUGGGUGGUGUUCGUGGGGCCCUACGAGCACCACUCCAACCUGCUGUCGUGGCGCCAGAGCCUGGCCGACGUCGUGGAGGUCCCAGCCGCCGGCGCCGGCGACGGCGACGGGCUCGUCGACCUCGCCGCGCUCCGGCGCGCGCUGGCGUCGCCCGAGUACGCCAACCGGCCCAUGCUGGGGUGCUUCUCGGCGUGCAGCAACGUCACCGGCGUGCUCACCGAUACCCGCGCCAUCGCACGACUCCUGCACCAGCACGGCGCCUUCGCCUGCUUCGACUUCGCCGCCAGUGGGCCCUACGUGGACAUCGACAUGCGAUCGGGGGAGAUGGACGGCUACGACGCGGUGUUCCUGAGCCCGCACAAGUUCGUCGGCGGGCCGGGCACGCCGGGGAUCCUGCUCAUGAACCGGGCGCUCUACCGCCUCGCCGGCAUGCCGCCGUCCACCUGCGGCGGCGGCACCGUCGCCUACGUCAACGGCUUCAGCGAGGAGGACACGGUGUACUACGACGACAUCGAGGAGCGGGAGGACGCCGGCACGCCGCCGAUCGUGCAGAAGGUGCGCGCGUCGCUGGCGUUCUGGGUCAAGGAGCACGUCGGCCGCGACGCCGUCGCGCUGCGGGAGCAGGUCUACGCCGAGGCGGCCAUGGCGCGGCUGCUCAGCAACCCCAACGUCGAGGUGCUCGGCAACGUCGCCGCGCGCCGCCUCCCCAUCUUCUCCUUCCUCGUCUACCCGGGCGGAGGCGACGCCGACGACGACACCUCUUUGGCGACGGCGACGACAGGGACCCCUUCGCGCCGGCGGCGGCUGCCCCUGCACGGCCGGUUCGUCGCCAAGCUCCUCAACGACCUGUUCGGGAUCCAGGCCAGGGGCGGGUGCGCGUGCGCGGGGCCCUACGGCCACGCGCUCCUCGGCGUCGGCGAGGACCUCUCGCUCCGCAUCCGCGACGCCAUCGUCAGGGGGUACCACGGCGUGAAGCCCGGGUGGACGCGGGUCAGCUUCGCCUACUACCUCUCCCGCGACGAGUUCCGCUUCGUGCUCGCCGCCAUCGACUUCGUCGCCGCGCACGGCCACCGCUUCCUCCCGCUCUACAGCUUCGACUGGGCCACGGGGAACUGGGCGUUCCGCCGACGGACGUUCAAGCACCACGUCAUGAGGGAGGAGCUGCUGCGCGACCACCGUGGCCGCCGCACCGCCGCCACCACCACCGCUGAUUCCGACGACGGCGACGACGACGAGCAGUACUACCCGAAGAAGAAGACCGCCGGCGCGGAUCAGCAGCAGGCUGCUGCCUGCAGGACCACCGACAAGUUUCAGAGCUACCUGGAGACUGCCACCAAGAUCGCACUCUCGCUGCCGGACACGUACCAUGAAAUCGUUGCGAGCGUGCCCAAGGGAUUGGACCCCAGCAUUAUACUCUUUCGAGUGUGAUUAUUAGAUAUUAUUAAUUGGUGCUAAAUAAAUCGAAAUCGAUCGACAAGGUGUGUGCUCUAAUCACUAUAUACUGUAUAGUGUAUAUAUAUAUAACACUGAGUUUUUUUUUUUCCUUAUUUGGAAACCAAAAGUAUAGAGAGUUUCCGACAACGGAAAAGAAGAACAAGUUUUUACGACUAGCUCCUUACAGAUGAAACGAAGCCUGCAUUAUAUUUGUAUCAUGUGUAUUAGAGUCCAGAGAUGGACUGAACAGUACAUAGUAGACUGCUUGGAAAUUUGCAGUUGCAUUAUCUCCCUAAAUAAAUCAAUUUGUAGAGUUGUUUCAA